GGACGUCGGAAAGUACCAGAUAUUUAGAAGUGCACUUGAUACACCAUUCAAAAACACAGACUGCAUGGAUUCUAUUGAAAUAAUGAUUAUCAUAAAUAAUUGUUAUCUUAGCCUGGUCUUUACAUACAUGCAAAGUCAUCCUGCAAGGGUUUGUUUACUAUAGCACCUGGCAGCUCCCUCCCACCUGUCAGACCGAGACAGAGGAAGUCAUGUGACCUGAUGAUCAGUAGAGAAGCAGAAACAUAGGAUAAGAGGCAGAUUCAGGAGGACAAACAGGUGCCGACCAUCGGGGCCAAGAUGCGACGAGAGAGUGUGUCGAUGUUAAGCUAUUAUGCAGAGUUGAGCACCUUUCCGCCCCUGUGAGCCGUGUGACCAAUGGCAACCUCAGUCCAGACUCUUCCUCGUCCUGGCAAGAACUUCAAAAUCGCCUUCCCGACGCCGUCCUUUUCGCAGCGCUGCAGCAUGGGGAGUGUCGGCAGUCUGGUGGAGAGGCCUGAUGUCUCUCCCACCAAGGUGAACCGAGCCGUGCCCCAAGUCAGGCCCAAGCAGUCCGGCGGCCUCCUGAAGAAAGGCUUUGCUCAGAGAGAACUACUCAACUACCUCAACAUCACCAGAAAAGAGCCCAAAACCAACCAGGCUAAGGUCAACAAGAAGGACGUCGUGAUCUCCGUCGGAGGACGAGAGGAAGAAAACUUGUACGCUCGGGUCUUCCACAAAGAUGGCACUGAAAUUGACUUGGCAAAGAACUCCCUGCCAAGUGGGGGCAAGUAUGAAAAGGAUCGUUUGAGGUCGUCCGCCUUCAAACCAGUCACCCCCAAGAACUUUAGCUCCAUGCAAAACCUGUAUCCAUCUUCCAAAUCAGAGGACUUGGACCAUGGCCUCUCCAAUGGGCUGCACAAAGCCUACGCCCAUGUCACCAAAGCUGUUUCCAGCUCCUCUUGCUCCUCCUCUCCCUCACGCCAUGGUGGGACAACCACGGCCAACAAGGCUCAUUCCUCAGCGCGUGGGGCGAGCCAGGAGGAUGACAACCUGUCGGACUCGGGCCAUAACUCCAUGAGCAGUUUGCCGCCAUACCGUCCUCCUUUCCGCCCACACCUGGCUCACAUCAGCGCAUCAAUGGGUCAUAUCAACACUAUCGGCUCGCUGGACCGCACCACUUUGGGCGCCAUGGCUGCUGGCUCAGGGGGCGUGGCCAUGGGGGAGAUGGCAUGUCGCAGUAUGGCCACGCUCAGCCGCCUGGUGCCAUAUGGAGGGGAGGCUCCACCUCCUUAUGAUUGGACUCUGUCCAUGUCUGUUGAAGAAGUGGUGCGGGAUCUGGAGGAGCGUCUGGUGGAAAAAGAACACGAGCUGAAGCAGAUGAAAAGAAAUCUGGACGAGAGCGAGGGCGCGGUCGCUCAGGUAUUUGAAGGCAAACAGCGUCUGUGGGAGAAGGAGGUGGAGGAACUGAAGCGCCUCUACGCUGCCAAGCUCCGCCAGGUUUCCCAGCAUGCCCAGCGAGCCCAACGUGGCCUCCAAUUGCAGCUUUACAAGGCCCAGCAGGACAAGAACCGACUGCAAGAAGAGCUGGAUAGCGCGAAAGGGGAAAGAAUCCCCGAGUUCGGGGACAAAGGGAAGCCGACCAGUCCAACCCUGGAGGAGACACAGUGGGAGGUUUGCCAGAAGUCAGGAGAGAUCUCCUUGCUCAAGCAGCAGUUUCGGGACUCUCAGGCUGAGGUGACCCAGAAGUUGAGCGAGAUCUUCCAGCUGAAGACGCAGCUGAGGGAGAACCGCAUGGAGUUGCGCAACAAGGAGAGCCAGAUAGACGCUCUCAAGGUAAUCCUGCAGGACAACCAAAUGCACAGACGACCCUCUCAGAGUGCCAACGACCAUGGAAAAGGAGAAGAGAGCGCUGGAGCAACAGCAGGCUGUGUGGGCCCAAAUGAGGAGCGUCUGCGCGCCGAGCUACUGCUGGAGCGCCGCCAGAGCGAGGCCCAGGCCAUGGCUUUUGAGGAGGAGAGGAAGACAUGGCAGACAGAAAAGGACAAGGUCAUCCGCUACCAGAAGGAGCUGCAAGCCAGCUAUUUAGAGAUGUACCACCGCAACGCAGAGCUGGAGAGGGAGGUGCACCAGCUCAGAGGGGGCAAGAACCGGAACGGGACUUUGGAAAGAGAAGUGCCAGAGCUGCAGAGUGAACAGGAAGUGGAAAAGCAAAACGACUGCAGUCCAUCCUCGGGUUUGCCAUGGAUAGACAGGAUUGAAUCCUCUGAAAUCUAAACCUUAGUUUUUUUUUUCCAGCAACAACCUGAACGACAAGAGCUGUUUGGACCAAAAGUUGAAAAGAACAGAAAAAAAAAAUGUAGAUUCAGGACGAAGAUAUUGGGUCAAAUGUUUGUUACUUAACAACGAUUGUAAUCGUCAAUCAAAGAUCUGCUAGAAUGAAGCGCUAACCUUCUGCAAGGGAGAACAAUCAUACACUGCACAAACUCAUCCAAGCAAGAUUACAUUGGAAAUCAAGGUCAGGCUUGUGCAUAAUUCCACUUUUGGAAUUUCAAUGUAAUUAAUUUAAAGAAUUGGAAUGGAUUAGCUCCACAUUACAGGAUGUUGAUUUGGAAUUACAAUAAGUGGAUUUCAUUAUAAUUACUUUCUUGUAGCUGAGGAACAGGAAUAAUUUGUAAUGUUUAACAAAUAUGUUGGCUUAAAUAGUAGUAUUUUUACACAAUUUUACAUAGUUUGAAACAUACAGUACAUCUUACACAAGAAGUAAAUGGUGUGUACAUGAGGUUCCCUAUAUUUCUAAGAAAUAUGUUAAACAGUCACUUAUGGAAUUUAGUGUAAAACAUGAUUCUGGAAUAACCAAAAUUAUCAAUUGGAAUUUCACAAAAUGUUUCUUCUUCAUUCAAUUUGAAUUGCAAUUCAAAGAAUUUGAGUAUUAUUUGUCAGUUUGUACAUACAAAAGGCCAAAAGUUUGGACACACCUUCCCAUUCAUUGCGUUUUCUUUAUUUGCAUGACUAUUUACAUUGUAGAUUGUUACUGAUGGCAUCAAAACUAUGAAUGAACACAUGAGGAGUUAUGUACUUAACAAAAAAAGGUGAAAUAACUGAAAACAUAUUUUAUACUGUAGCUUCUACAAAAUAGCCACCCUUUGCUCGGAUUACUUUUUUUGCACACUCUUGACAUACUCUCAAUGAGCUUCAAGAGGUAGUCACCUGACACGGUUUUCACUUCACAGGUGUGCUUGAAGCUCAUCGAGAGAAUGCCAAGAGUGUGCAAAGCAGUAAUCAGAGCAAAGGGCGGCUAUUUUGAAGAAAAUAGAAUAUAAAACAUUUUUUCAGUUAUUUCACCAUUUUUUGUUAAGUACAUAACUCCGCAUGUGUUCUUUUAUUGUUUUGAUGCCUUCAGUGACAAUCUACAAUGUGAAUAGUCAUGAAAAUAAAGAAAACGCAUUGAAUGAGCAAAAGGUGUGUCCAAACUUUUUGGCCUGUACUGUACAUCAUUCAAAUUGAUUAAUAUUCUCAAUGAAAUUCAGAACUCUGCACAAGCAUGACAUGUUAUGAAUCAAUGCAUGUUAAACUCAUUUGCUCAUCUCAAGUGAUAUCCACUAAAAUCUAAGAUAAAUAGGCAAAAUAAUUAAGAAAAUGUUUUAGAAAUGCUUGAAAGAAGCAGAAUGUUCUUGUAAUAUAUCUAAAGAUCUGACUACUUGGCCAAGCAAACAUAGUAAGAAAAAUAACUUGAGUAAUUCAGAUAUUUAUCGGUGCUUAUAUUUCAGUUUGUGCAGUAUAACGCCUUCAUAAUGGCCUUAUGAUUAUAAUUAUUGCAUUACCGAUUUUGUUGACAAUUAUGAUUAUUUAUGACUUGUGAAUUUCUUUGAUUGGGAGAAGUCGUCUGCACACAUUUGAUGACAUUUACGUGUAUCCUGCCUGGUCCAUCUCUGGACUUGAUAUAGAGUCGAGAGCGCUCGUCAACGAGCUAAAAGCCCAAGCUCGUUGUUUAACACGACUCAGAAAUGUGUCAGGAGUGAGAUUUACGGACAUACUCUAGCACAGCUGCACAUAUGCGACCCACUCUGUUCAUCAUAGAGCUCUCCCUAAAUGUGAAUCUGCGCAUAAGCAAAUGAUUAUUGUGGAAAUUGUUUUGUUGCUGUACAGUUUUUACAAUAACCAAAUGAUUUGAAGGGAUUUAUCGUCAGCUUUGGGAAGCUUGCUGUGGAUUCAGGGACGUAUGCUACAUGUGGAGGUUAAGUAUCACAUAGACACUGAUGCAAAGGCUGUAACCUUAUUUUUCCUGACAUUGUAAAAAUGUUCAACUGUAUUUUAUCCUAAUUAUUUCUUGUCAAAUGUGUUUUGCAAAUAUUUGUCGUUUUCUAAUUGCCACCAAUAUUUUUUCAAUGUUAAUAGGAUUUGUUAGACACUCCGGUGCAUGUUUUUUUUUUUUUGUACACACAUUCAUAAGCUGUCCUUUGACCUUUCAGCAUACUACUGUGACUAUUAUCUGUGGGCUCAAAUUGCACUUUGUUGCUCUGAAUAAAACAGAUGUUUGUGGAUUA